GCGCGGAAAAGAGCGGAAAAAACAUCCGGCAACCGAAAUCGCAAGUCGAUAGCGAAAUUCCAAAUCUCGCAUCUUGUUAAAACGCAUUGCAGCUGCUGAUUUUGAUUUCGAUUCACUCGUUGUUUAAGCACCAGCGAAUCGGAUGAGUAUGGAACCGACGGAGGACGCGGAUACUUCUUACGUGACGAUGGAGGAUGUGCUGAAGGAACAGGAAGAUCUAGAGGAGACCUCGCGUGCAGUACUGGGUGGUUCGGAUGAAAAGAAUUGCACCUACUCACAGGGCUACGUUGGUAGACAGGCACUGUACGCGUGCCUUACGUGCGUUCCGGAGGCCCGCGGCGAUGAGUCCAAGCGAUGUGCCAUCUGUCUGGCCUGUUCGCUCAAGUGCCACGAUAAUCACGAGCUGCUGGAGCUGUACACCAAGCGAAAGUUCCGUUGUGAUUGCGGCGGAAAGCGGAUGCCGGACGUGGAGUGUAAACUGGGACCGAAGAAGGAAGAGGACAACGCGUUGAACCGCUAUAAUCAGAACUUUUCCGGCGUGUACUGUGUCUGCCACCGGCCGUACCCCGAUCCCGAUACGGACGUGGCGGAUGAGAUGCUGCAGUGCAUCGUGUGCGAGGAUUGGUACCAUUUGCGCCACUUGGACGUAGAGCCGGAGAAGAAUGUGAAAAAUUAUGCGGAAAUGGUUUGCGGUGGAUGCAUGGAGAAGGUUCCCUUCCUAAAGCACUACGUCGAUAAAAUUGAAGAUCCCAACAAAACGUCCCUGGACGAUACGCUGCAGGUUGAUGUGACGGGACUGGAUGAUACCUCGGCCUCUGCAACGGUGGACGAGGAAAACGAGGAUGCUGGUCCGAGUGCAGCGAAGCAACCGCGUCUGGAUGAUUCAACGGUCUCAGAAACUCCACCAAAGAGCGCUGAAGCGGAAAAGAAACCUCCAAGCGAACCGAAAGUGGACAUUUGUACAAAGCCACCGUUCGAUGCCGAGGGUGCCGAGAAGGGUUAUAAGAAGGGAGCUUCGUUUUGGAUCGAAGGAUGGCGAAAGCAGCUGUGCCAGUGCCAGGGCUGUCUGGUCAUCUACAAAGAGCUUGACUGUGAGUAUCUGCUCGAUCCGAAGGACACCGUACAGUAUUACGAAGAUGUCGGAAAGCGGCGCCAAGCUAGGGUCGGUUCGUCGUACGAGCAGGGCAUGGAGAUGUUGAGUCAGCUCGAUCGUCAAACACAGGUCAGCAUGCUGACGGAGUACAACCGGAUGAAGGAACGGCUGCUGGAGUUUAUGGGACCGUUCGUGACGAGCCAGCAGGUUGUCACGCAGGACGAUAUUAACGAGUUCUUCGCCCGGCUGAAGAGAGAUCGGCGAGCGGAAGGUAGCGCUAGUGCUCCACCGCACUUUUGUCGCUAAAUCGCGUGACAUCCAGGUGGUGGUUCGCUCCUUAACAUUCAGUAUCUCACAAUUAUUCCUUAUCAAAUAAAAUAUAUAGAUAUGUACAUGGAUAACAUGA